ACAAAGGUUCAUGUUUAUCUUUUCAACAGCUGCUGAGAUAUUUCAGUGGAGACCAAAGUGAUUGAACAGUGAUGGACUAAAACAGGGCUAACAACAUGUGGGGGAAAGUUAAACUGAAGAUAACACAUGGAGUUCCAUAGAACACUGGUCAUAGUCAUGAUGUUAUGAGUCAACAAUGGUUACUGUCUGGGGUUCCAUCAGAAGUGAGACUAUCUAACUCUUCAGCCUGUGAGGAUCAUUUCACACAAACCUUUUGAAGAGAUCGCAUCUCAGUGAGACAGAGACAGAAGAUAUACAAACCGAACAACACGAGUACAGUUUACCAACUGAUACCAGAACAACCAGCAACCAUGUUUGCAAACCAGAACAGUUCCCUCAUCGCUCAAAUGGAGCUUGUUAAGAGCUUGAUGAAACUGACUCCAGAGGAGAGGAGGAAGGAGGUCAGGAGGAGGAUGUUUGAGGAGCUGAGAGCUGUGGAGAUGGAGCGCAGAGAGCGCGCCAUGGAGAAGCUCAAGAUGGAAAGAGAGGAAAGAGAACAAGUGGAAGAAAUGGUGAGGAGACAGAGAGAAAAGUCUCUGGAGGAGAGAGAGAUACAGGAGGCAAAACAGAGAGAGGAGGAGGAGAGGAAGGGCCAUGAACUGAAGGCCCUGCAGAAAGCAGAAGUAGACCAGCUGAAGCAAGAGAGGCUUCGCUGGUGUGACAAGAACGGAAUGCAGGUUGAGGAGGAGGAGCCAGGGAAGAGGCAGGAGGAGGCUGAGCUUCACCACCCACAGAGGGUGAGUGACAGAGCCAGCCGAGGAUGCCUGACCUCUGACCUGAAGUCUCCCAAACAUCAGGAGAAAAAGAAAACCCUGAUUAAUAACUGGGUUGGAGAGCCAAAAACAGAGAGCAAGGCCUUCAGAGAGAAGCCCAAACCAGACAACUCCAACUUCCUCCUCUUUUCUGUGAAGGAGUCCCCACAGUCUGAAGAAAAACCAGACAAGCAAACACCCAAACCCAAGGAGCCCAAGCAGUGGCUGCCAGACAGACUGAAGGUCCAGUACUGGAUGGGCAGAUACCAGGACCAUAAGGAGAAGAAGGAUGAGAAGAGGAAGCAGAAGGCUGAGGAUCAGUACGCUCGAUGGGCCGCCAUCAAGGCGAGCAGAGCCGGCCAUGCUUCCAGGCAGAACGACUCUUACACUGGAGGGUUUUCUGCAAACAGAAACAGCAUCCUCAAAUCCUUAUUUUAAUGUUCUUUACUUUGUUUCUGUGUUGUCUCGUGAUUAAGCACAAUAAAAACUAGCCAGAUGGCUGAAUCCAAA